ACUCGUAAAAUGAAACCCUAAGCUCUCUCAUUUUUUAGGGUUUCUUUCAGAGAGAGAGGGAGAGGGAGGAGCCGCCAUUGUAGUUCAGAGUCACAGCCAUGGCGAGAAUCAAGGUUCAUGAGUUGAGGGGAAAAACAAAGGCGGACUUGUUGGUGCAGUUGAAGGAGUUGAAGGCCGAACUUGCUCUUCUCCGAGUUGCCAAGGUCACCGGUGGCGCACCAAACAAGCUCUCCAAGAUAAAGGUGGUGAGAUUGUCAAUUGCACAGGUAUUGACAGUUAUUUCACAGAAGCAGAAGGCUGCUCUGAGGGAAGCCUACAAGAACAAGAAGUUCUUGCCACUUGAUCUGCGCCCCAAGAAGACCAGAGCCAUUCGCAAGCGACUCACCAAGCAUCAGGAGUCAUUAAAGACAGAAAGGGAAAAGAAGAGGGAGAUGUACUUCCCCAUGAGGAAGUAUGCUAUUAAGGUGUAGGUCAGGAUCAAUUAUGUUUGUCAUUUUGGUAUUCUGAAUCCAUAAAUCUUAUUAAGUUGACAAAUUUUGAAUUUUGUUUACUUUCAUCUCAUGUUGGACUCAAGUUUGGGGUUAAAUUUGUUGGAUUUUGUGUUUGUAAGUUCUGGUGGGUGUAUCUCAUCUGAUACCAGGAUGCUAGGCUUUUUCUGCAAUGAUAGCUAUUAAGAGGUGUUUCUGAUUCUUUUUUUCUC